AUGGAGAUGAAUGCCAUCAAGCAAAAAGAGAGGGAUCUGAACGCGUCGGUGCGCUCGUUCGCGGUCAUGGAAGCCAUGCGUGCAGCCAAGCAGCCGCUGACGAGGCACGAGCUGUUCGCAGCCCUGCCAGUUGAGGAGGGCGUCGGCCGUGGAGGCAUCCGGUCUACCCGGCACCUGAAGCAAGUCAUCGAUUACAUGAAGCACCGGGGCUGGGUCAGGCCGCGGCCUGGGGCGGCGAGUGGUGAGCCCUACGUCUUCAUUCUGACGGAGAAGGGCCAGGCGGCGACCCUCCGCGAGAUGGUGGAGAACCGGCAGCGGAAACUGGCGGUGACGCGUGUCCGGGUGUUGCUGGAAGAUGAUCGGUAG